AUGAGACUAUUCACACAGCAGAAUUUUAUCUCCAUAUUCAAGCAGAAACAUUCGGCCUUGACCAGUGAUCCAGGGGAAGAAUAUCUGAUGAACCACAAGCGCCGAGGAAAAUGCGUCAUUUUCAACCAUCGACUUUUUGAGGAAAAGACAUUAAAUGAAAGAAAAGGAACUGAAAUCGAUGCUCAUGCUUUAAGAUUUUGUUUCGGUGUUGGUUUCGAUGUGAAAACCUAUGAUGAUCUGUCAGUUGCUGAGGUUAUUGCCAUGUUGAAAGCUCUUUCCAAAGAAGAUCAUUCUGAUGCUGAUUGUUUCGUUUGUUGUAUCAUGACCCACGGAGAUCAAGCCAAUUUAUGGGCUCGAAAUGAUAAAUAUCCAGUUGAUCUACUCUUUGCUCCUUUUACUGCCGAUAAUUGUCCAACAUUGGCUGGAAAACCGAAAUUGUUGUAAUGUAUAAAUGAUUUUGUUUAAAAUUAAAUUUAUUUGCUAUUACCGCUCUUAGUUAAAUAAUGUAAACCAGAUGGGUCUGGGGUUCUUUUUGCAUUGCAAACCAAAGAGUAAUAACAAGAGACAGCACUUAAUGAAAUGUAUCGAUAAGGUCUUAUCUUUUUUAUCUUAGGGAAAAGGAUGAGAUCCAGGUGGAGCCACUAGUACAUUUCUAAGUAUUAUGUACAGAA